AUGGUAAUGAACAAGGAAAAAAUAUGCAAUGAGGGAAACUUAAAAUUUUUAAAAGUAUACUCUAAUACUCUUUUUAAAUAUACAGAAGAAGAAAAAGAUAAAAAGUCUUCCGAAUUACUGCUAUUAUCAGAAAAGAUAGAAGAUGGGAAAAGAUUAAUAAAAAUAAAUAUAGACAUCAUUUUAAUUAUUUUAUUUUUCAUCGUUCUUUAUGCAUCAAACGAUUUGGUAAAAAUAAAAAAUUUGGAGAAUUAUAUAUAUAACAAUGUAAGUGAGUCAAAAACAUAUUCUGAACAUUUUUAUAAAUCUAUAAGUGAACAUAUAAAGAAAAUUAACAAUGAUUUUUCAUAUAAACCAAGAAAAAAAGACUAUAUAUUAUUUAAAAAUUUACAUACCAAAUUUGAUCUCUCCUCGUGGCUAAAAAAUGCAUUCACUGAGAAAAUAUCCCAAGAGAAUUUCUUAAAUAGUAACAUUAUAAUUGGAAAAUGUUGGAGAGUAACUAUGAGAUUAUACAAAAAGGAUAAUUCUAUGUUAGAAAAUAUUUAUAAUUAUAGGAAAAUAUUUGAAAUAUAUCCUGACAGUUCGUUUUUAGAAAAUUUUGAAGAUACUAGAAAUAUUAAUUCUUCUUUUUUUAACAAAAAGUGGAAUUAUUCAUAUUCUCGUGAAAAAUCCUAUAAAAAAAUUGGAGGAUUAUAUCAAAUAAUAUGUGAAAAGGACUUUAAUAAAAUACAAGAAGGUCUUUCUCAGGGUUCUUCAUAUGUUACUGAUUAUCCUUAUUUUAUCCCAGCUCUUAUAUUAACAAAUUAUAAUAUAGCAUCUGUUGCGAUAGAUUUUUUAUUAUUUAACCCACUCCUUAAUGUACUUUCAUAUAACGUUUUAAAAUUUUCCUUUUUACCAAAUACCAAAACGUACAAGGAGGUUGUAACACAAUCCGCUUCAUAUAACCGAUUUGAUAUUUAUUUCCUCAUUGCCCUGUCUGUAUUUAUCAUAACAUUUAUCAUAUAUAUUACUAUCUAUGUUCGGAAAAUUGCCUUGGUUGGAUUCAAACUCUACGUAAAAUCAUACAGCACCCCCUUUCUCCUUACUGUCAGCUUCGGAUCGAACCUGGUAACCCUGUGUAUUUAUCUCCUACACCAAACCUUGCUUCCAAAAAUUAGUGCAAAUUAUGAGAAUGGGAAAUUCAAAGUGGAUACAACACAUCACCUAAGCAGUCCAGAACAAAUAACGGAAUUUUUACACAGUAUGACCAUAUUCUUCUCACGUAUGGAAUUAAUUAAAAAUAUUUUUGUAUAUAAUACCAUAAUAACCUUUUCCGUAUGCUGCUUCGUUUGCAUAAAACGGAAUGGUCUGUUGAUAAAAAAAUAUAAUAUUGUGGAAAAUAAUAUAAAAAGAGAUUUUUUAUUUCCCUUUUUGAUAAUUUUGUCCAUAAUAUUUGGGUGCUUAGGAAUAUUUUCUGUCUUCAGUUAUACACUUUUUCAUAUUGAUGAAAAUAUUGGCUCCAGCAUUAUCUAUACAUUUAUUUUCAACGUAUGUAUCAUAUUUGCGAAUUUCCAAGGAGUUAAUAUAUCUUCCAUCCUAAAUGAAGAAAAUAUAUUGUCUUAUUUUUAUUCCAUCCCUACUCAUUUUUUUAUUGUUACUAUAAGUUUUGCUUUCUUAUUUUUCCUAUCUAUUAAGUCAUUCAUCAAAAGAGAUAAAAAAAUAUAUGACUUAUUUAUAUAUCAGUAUGGCGAUAGAUCACUAAAGCGUGGUAAUAUGCACCAGGGGGAUGAGCAAAGUAAAAAUAGUAAAAGAGGAAAAUUGGAAGCUUAUGAUAUCAAUACUAAAAACAAUGAUGGAGAAAAAGCAUUCGAAAAGGAGUACUCAAAUGAAAGGGCUAAAAAUGACAACAGCAUAAUCGAAAUAACUUCAUAUUCAGGUGCAGAAGACGAAAUGGUUCAAAAAGAAAGUCAUAAUGUCGAAGAUACAUAUGGUUCAUUUGAUGAUGAUCUAAUUGAUAAUGUGAAAGAAUGUGAUGAAGAAAUGUUAAGCAUUGAUAAUAGCAGUAUAUAUUCGUUAGAUGAAUCAAAUGAAUAUGAAAUUGACCCAAAUAAAUAUGACAAAAAUAAGGAAUUAAACUAUAAUGACAUAAUGAAUAUAACGAAGGAGUUACAUAAUGAUCAAGAAAAGAAUGAUACAGAGAGACAAGAUAAAAAAAUGGGUAAUAGAAAAAAAAAUGCUCUUUUUAAUAUAGAAAAAAUUCUUGAUCUAUUUGUUAACUUAAAAAGUAGCAACAUAAUGCCUUUCUCUAGUAGGGAAAAAAGAUUCAUUUCGAAAGAAUAUAAUAUGAAUAAAAAAAGAAAUGAUGGAAUAAUAUUUUCUCUUUCUGUAUACAUAUCAUUCUUAAUGUUCAUUAUGCUAUUUCUUAUUAAUGAUUACAAAAAAGGAAGAGAAAGCGAAGAGUUGCUAAAAUAUCAAAUAGAGAGUAUAGGCUAUUUUUCAAACAAUGCUUUAAUUGAGAAUAUGAAAUUCCACCAUUUAAAAAAAAUCAUAAAUGUAAACAUUAAAAAGGAGAACAUUAACUUCCAAAAAAUAGAGAAUAAGACCGAUUUAGUUCAGUGGUUAAAGAGUUGUUUUAUUUCACUUUUGGGCAACAAUUCAAACGCCCUUGGAAAUGCUUCAAAAAAUUACAGUAGUACCUUCCAAUGGAAUGAUAUAUUUAGCAUGAAACAAGAACAAGUACAAAUAAAUAUUGUAUCAAGGGAAAGAAUUCAUUCGUCAAAUAAUAGUCUUAUAUGUGAUUAUAAGCAGAGAAAUUGCUAUAUAAACUUACGCAACGAAGCACAGAUAUUACAAAAUGGGAUUAACGAUGUAGCAUUACUUAUUAAUGAUGCAAUUAAAAAAAUUGAAAUAUCUUAUAUAUUAUUUGAUAAAAAUGAUUAUCACAACGUUCUAGUGACUUUACAUUUUGUGUUCAAUUCUAGUGGACAUAUAUCAAAAAAUAUAUAUUUUGACCAUUUAUUUUUUAAUUCCUUUAAUAUUUUCCAUUUCAAAGGUGUAGUAAUUAAUAUCCUAUUCAUAACCAUAUUGUUGUGUUCCUUUGUAAUAAUGUAUUUGUACAUGUUCAAAAAUUUUACCUACUUUUACAAUGCGUGUAUUUCACUCCUAAUGGGGAAUAAUAAGAAUGUUGCGGAAUGUGGUUUGCAGAAUGGACAGUUAAGUGCGUGGCCAAUUGAAAAUAUGGGGAAUACAAAUAAUCCAAAUAAUUACAACUAUGGAAGUUACCCAUUCUUGGAUUACAACAAUAUUGACGAAUAUAUGGGUGCCAUGAAUUAUGGAGGAUACGGAAAUUACUCUGGUGCGGGUCUCACGAAUUAUGGAAUUUAUGGGAAUUAUCCAGCGUUUAACAUGCAAGGUUGUGGAUAUAACUACGGUCUAGACCCAAAUAAUUUUAAUAUACGGGGGGAUUAUAAAAAUGACAAGAAAUACAAAAUUGGUACGUUGCUCAAAUUAAAAGUUUACUUGAUAUAUUUAUUCGAAUCAGACGUUUUAAAUUUAAUGAUUCUGUUAUCAUCUUUUACCUUAGUUGCGUUAUGGCUUACUGUGUGUAUAUAUAUUAACAAGAUAGAAUAUUCUACUGAUAAUUUGGGAAUUUAUUUUAAUAUAUACAUAAAAUUGUUUUCUUUUUUCCGCAAAUUUGUAAAUAUUUUUUACUUUUUUCUUUUUUUAAUCAUAAUAAAUAUUUUUAUUUUUUCGUCUAAUUAUAUUAAAAAGGAAAAAUUAUACGAAACUUUAUAUAUUAACAAAAAGCAGAUAUUAAAGUGUAGUUUUCUUUUUCUUUUUGUUUUCGUUAAUUUUUUCAUGUUUCAUUAUUUUUUUUAUGGUGUAGACGGUUUUAACGACUUGACAACGAGUCAGCAAUUCAUAUACUCCAUUUUAACUCUGUUGGGUUUAGUUCAUAUUGAUGUUUAUUUAAAGUGCAACGUUUUUUACUUUUUAUUUCUUGUUUUGCCUCAUUUAAUAUUAAUACGUUUAAUUUUUAUAUAUUCCCUUUUGGCACCCAUUUUGGUUAGCUAUUUAAUUUUAAUAAAAAAAAAAAAGGAAAAAAAAAAAAAAAAAAAAAUAGCUAGUAAAAAAGGCGAAGAUUACUCCACUUUCACCUUAACACAUUUGAGCAACGAACAAUGGAAAUAUUUAAAUGAAGAAAUAAAAGAGUUUGCAGAGAAGGAAACUAAUAACAUAUUAUUGUAUUUUGAAGUAUUUAAAGAUCAGCUAAGAGGUAAUAACGAUAUAUCUAAAACGUUGAUAACAGAAUGUGAUCAUUUAAAGGAAAGGAUAUAUGGUCUACAGUUGGAUUUACGUAAAAUAGAGUUACAGUGGAAGUUCCGCAGUAAGCUUUUAAGUUCUUCCAGAACUUACUUGGAAAAAAUAAAUAAUCAAAUAAAUAUGAGCGAAGAAAUUAUUUCUGAGGAUAAAAACAGAUUACAUACUCUGAAGCAGUAUGCGAAGCAGAUUAUAAUGGACACAUAA